CCCCAUGGCCACCCAGCCUCCUGGCCAGGACUGAAACCAGAGGUGCAGUGGGCUGACCCCUGUGCCCCACCCCCAGAGACAUGCCAGCGUGGGCAGUAGGGCAUUUUCUGGGAUGGAUGACCUGGAUCCCCUAGCCAUCGAUGUCCUGUUUGAAGAAUGGAACCCUCCCACAGAGAACAGUCAAGAUGAUCAGGCAGUUUGCAGAUCUCCAGGGGAGCCCGCCAUUGUGGUCAACAUGGCCUCUGAAGACAUUGCCAAACUGGCAGAGACACUGGCCAAAACCCAGGUGGCCGGGGGACAGCUGAGCUUCAAGGGAAAAAGCCUCAAACUCAACACCGCGGAAGAUGCUAAAGAUGUGAUUAAAGAGAUCGAAGACUUUGCUGACUUGGAGGCUCUGCGCCUGGAGGGCAACACCGUGGGCGUGGAAGCAGCUAAAGUCAUCGCCAAGGCCUUGGAGAAGAAGUCGGAGCUUAAGCGAUGCCACUGGAGCGACAUGUUCACUGGGAGGCUGCGGUCCGAGAUCCCACCAGCCCUGAUCUCACUAGGGGAGGGGCUCAUCACAGCUGGGGCUCAGCUGGUGGAGCUGGACCUGAGUGACAACGCGUUCGGACCCGAUGGCGUGCGAGGCUUUGAGGCCCUGCUCAAGAGCUCAGCCUGCUUCACCCUGCACGAGCUCAAGCUCAACAACUGCGGUAUGGGCAUCGGCGGUGGCAAGAUCCUGGCAGCGGCUCUGACCGAGUGUCACCACAAGUCCAGUGCCCAGGGCAAGCCCCUGGCUCUGAAAGUCUUCGUGGCUGGCAGAAACCGGCUGGAGAACGAUGGAGCCACUGCCUUGGCAGAAGCUUUUGGGAUCAUCGGGACUCUGGAGGAGGUCCACAUGCCACAGAAUGGCAUCAACCACCCUGGCAUCACUGCCCUGGCCCAGGCCUUCGCCAUCAACCCCCUGCUGCGGGUCGUCAACCUGAACGACAACACCUUCACAGAGAAGGGCGCCAUGGCUAUGGCUGAGACUCUGAAGACCUUGCGGCAGGUGGAGGUGAUCAAUUUCGGGGACUGCCUGGUGCGCUCCAAGGGUGCAGUUGCCAUUGCAGAUGCUGUCCGCGGAGGCCUGCCCAAGCUGAAGGAGCUGAACUUGUCGUUCUGUGAAAUCAAGAGAGAUGCCGCCCUGGCUGUUGCCGAGGCCGUUGCGGACAAGACUGCGCUGGAGAAGCUGGACCUCAAUGGCAACACCCUGGGAGAAGAAGGCUGCGAACAGCUUCAGGAGGUGCUGGACGGCUUCAACAUGGCCAAGGUGCUGGCAUCCCUCAGUGAUGAUGAAGGUGAGGAUGACGAGGAUGAGGAGGAAGAGGAAGGAGAAGAGGAAGAGGAAGAAGAAGAGGAAGAGGAAGAAGAGGAGGAGGAGGAAGAGGAGGAAGAACCACAGCAACGAGGGCAAGGAGAGGCGUCGACCACACCCUCAAGGAAGAUUCUGGACCCUAACAGUGGAGAACCAGCUCCAGUGCUGUCCUCCCCGCCUGCUGCCGACGUCUCCACCUUCCUGGCCUUCCCCUCUCCAGAGAAGCUGCUGCGCCUGGGGCCCAAGAGUUCCGUGUUGAUAGCCCAGCAGACUGACACAUCUGACCCGGAGAAGGUGGUCUCUGCCUUCCUGAAGGUGUCUUCUGUGUUCAAGGACGAAGCCACCGUGAGGACAGCCGUUCAGGAUGCAGUAGAUGCCCUGAUGAAGAAGGCCUUCAGCUCAUCGACCUUCAACUCCAAUGCCUUCCUCACCAGGCUCCUGGUCCACAUGGGUCUACUCAAGAGUGAAGACAAGAUCAAGGCCAUCGCCAACCUCUACGGCCCCCUGAUGGCUCUGAACCACAUGGUGCAGCAGGACUACUUCCCCAAGGCCCUCGCACCCCUGCUGCUGGCCUUCGUGACCAAGCCCAACGGCGCCCUGGAGUCCUCCGGCCGCCCGGCCCCCCCCCGCCCCCCCCCGCCACAGUCUGCUGCAGACGCUGUACAAGGUCUAGACGCGAAGCCGGCUUAUCCUGUCCCUCGGCCUAGACCAGCCACUUGGGGAGGGACUCGGAUGAACUGAGUGGCAGCCAUGCCUUCCGUUGGACAGACGCUGGCCAGAGCAGGGAGGAUGUGCGUCUGUGUCACGUCUGUCCUAGUGUGUGUGCUUCCUGUCGGGAUCUGGGUUUUCAGUGUGUCCCUGCUGGACUGGCCCUGGGCCGCAGUUGGGGGUCAGCCCAGGGCAGGCGGCUGUGAGCUGCUCUGUCAUUAAACUCCCGCCACCUGAGGGCACGCUGCUGAUCUGUGCCUCAGGUUCCAGGCCCUGGUGGCUGUCCCCACCCGCCUUGCCUUCCUACCCCCACCUACCCGGGCUGCACAGAAGCCUGGGGAGUUGCUGUGCGUGUGUGUCCCCUCCCUCUGUGCUACGGGGCUCUCCCUGCCCUGCUGUGGCUGUGCGCGGAGCUGCCUCUGCUCACUGUGCCCAAACCCUGGGCCUGUAGCGUGAAGAGCAGAGACUGCUGGGUGGCACCAGGGGCUGGCAGCAGUGGGUGGGAAGAGGAGCCAGUGGGCAGAUGCCAGUUUGUCCAAUGCUGGAGGUGCAGGGACUGCACUGGCUCAAGGACCUGGGGGCCCUCCCCUGGCUGCUGGGGAGGAACCUGUCCCAGCCGAGUCAGGGGUGUGAUAUAGGGCCUCCUGAUGCCUGAGCUGGGCAGUGGCCCUGGGGACUGGGCUGGGCAGGAGAGGCCCUGUGGCCGCCCAUGCUUUCUCCUUUGUGUCUUGUGUGUGUCUGGGCUGUGCCCGGGGGCUUCACCAAUAAAGUCAUGUGUGGCCGUGGCA